CCGGAGGGGCGGGGGCGGUGUCGCGGGAGCGCGAGAGCCCGGGCGGCAGGAGCGGCAGCCUCUCGGGCAGUGGGGGUGGUCCCCGGUACGCCGUCUCCGUCAGUCAGCGCUUUGCCUUCUCCUUCUCCACGGUCCCCCUGGGGACAGCUUCAGGCAAGCCUCCCCUUGUCCCCCUCCCCACCAUUUUCUUCUUCCUCGCUCGCUCGCGUGUGAGGUAAACUCGGCGUGUGGUGCCUACGCCGCUUUGCGUUUCAGGUGAGGGAGGGGGGGAACGGAGAAAGAGAACGAGGAGGCACUCACUCCCCCUCCCUCCGCAGCGCCUCGUCGGCGGCCCCGGGCGCGAAACCCCGCCGCUCCUUUGCAUCUCUUUUCCUGCGAAGUAAAACAGCCCCCUUCCCAAAAUGGGCUGUACGCUGAGCGCCGAGGACAAGGCGGCGGUGGAGAGGAGCAAAAUGAUCGAUCGGAAUUUGCGAGAGGAUGGAGAGAAGGCAGCCAGGGAGGUCAAGCUGCUCCUCUUAGGAGCUGGUGAAUCAGGGAAAAGCACAAUUGUCAAACAAAUGAAGAUUAUCCAUGAAGCUGGUUAUUCAGAAGAAGAAUGUAAACAGUACAAAGCUGUUGUCUACAGUAACACCAUUCAGUCCAUUAUUGCUAUCAUUAGAGCAAUGGGGAGGUUGAAGAUAGACUUUGGUGAUCCAACCAGGGCUGAUGAUGCUCGUCAACUCUUUGUGUUGGCUGGAGCAGCAGAAGAAGGAUUUAUGACUGCAGAGCUUGCUGGAGUUAUCAAGAGACUGUGGAAAGAUAGUGGAGUUCAAGCUUGUUUCAACAGAUCUAGAGAAUACCAGCUUAAUGACUCUGCUGCCUAUUACUUGAAUGACUUGGACAGGAUAGCACAAACAAGCUACAUUCCAACUCAACAAGACGUUCUCAGGACUAGAGUGAAAACUACAGGAAUAGUGGAAACUCACUUCACUUUCAAAGAUCUUCACUUUAAAAUGUUUGAUGUUGGAGGCCAAAGAUCAGAGCGGAAGAAGUGGAUUCACUGCUUUGAGGGUGUUACAGCAAUUAUUUUUUGUGUGGCAUUAAGUGAUUAUGACUUGGUCUUGGCUGAAGAUGAGGAAAUGAAUCGGAUGCAUGAAAGCAUGAAAUUAUUUGACAGUAUCUGCAACAAUAAAUGGUUCACAGACACUUCUAUUAUUCUCUUCCUGAACAAGAAAGAUCUUUUUGAAGAAAAAAUCAAAAGGAGUCCUCUCACUAUAUGCUACCCUGAAUAUGCAGGAUCAAACACUUACGAAGAAGCAGCUGCUUACAUUCAAUGUCAGUUUGAAGAUCUGAACAAGAGAAAAGACACAAAGGAAAUCUACACUCACUUCACAUGUGCCACAGACACAAAAAAUGUGCAGUUUGUUUUCGAUGCUGUAACUGAUGUCAUUAUUAAAAAUAACCUUAAAGACUGUGGCCUCUUCUGAGAACAGACAAAAAGUUGCUAAAUGGUAAAUUACAUGCCUGAAAACAGGACUUAGGCAUUUGGAAUAUGCCCCUGCUGUGUUAAAACCUGCAUAGGUAUACUUAAUUCUCUUUUAUUUUAUUUCUAGGUUUGGAGAACGACUUCGCACAAUUCUAAUCUGAUUCUUUUCAAGGUGAAAGAAAUAUGAAAUACAUUGUGCUGAAUGAUAGUACUGUACUUGCCUGUUUUAACAGCUUUAUUUAUGUUUGUCUUGUAAAUUUAAGUAAUUAGUUAACACUGAGAUGUCAGUUGAUUGUAUGUAAACUUAUAAUUGUAGUAAUGUAUUUGUAUAAACGUUGAACGGAAUAUUUUAGUAACUUGAUGUCCUCUAAAAUUUCCAUGUUUUAUGAAGAUACUCCUAGAGGAGACAGACACUUUUUGCCUCUGGAUUGUUUAAACAUCUUGUAAAAUUAAAUUUUCUUUUCAUCUUAA